AUGCGCUGGAAUCUCGGCCUAUCCUACCUAGCGGCGUUGUUAGGGAGUGCAUCCGAAGGGCUUGCUGCAGAUACAACUCUCGUCCGUGACUCUCUGACAGGCUUCACGUUUUCGGAGUACCAGGCGGCAUUCGUGAUCGGUCAGUCUAUCACGUUCCGCGUCGCAGUGCCCGUCCCUGCUCCGUCAAACUACGAUAUUGUUUUCCAAAUCAUCGCCCCGAAUGCGGUCGGUUGGACUGGUCUGGCCUGGGGAGCGUCAAUGAUCAAUAACCCAUUGACUAUCGGCUGGGCAUACGGGAUUACACCUGUAUUAUCCGUCCGGCGCACUAGUGUACGGACACAACCUCAAGUUUACACCGGAGCAACGGUGCAGAUUCUGAAGGCUGGUUCCAGGGUCAACGGAACGCAUUGGCAAGUCACAGCCAAAUGCAGUGGAUGCAGCUCCUUCACCACCACCGGUUCAAAUGUUAAAACCCUAAACCCGAGUGGUAGCAAUCGUAUGGCCUUCGCUUAUUCCAAGACCAAGCCGCCGAGCUCAUCGGCCGCUACCACACUUACUGUUCAUGACACCUUCAACUAUUGGGACCAUGAUUUUGCGACCGGCGGAAACACUGAUUUUGCUACACUCGUACAGAAGAAUGCUUGA